CUUGGUGGCGGGACCCUCCUGGGAGUUGGCAUCUGGGUAUCACUGGAUGGAGAGUCAUUCCUGGAUAUAUUUGGGGCACUCUCCUCUAGUGUCCUGCAGGUUGUGAAUGUGAGCUACUUCCUCAUCGUCAUUGGUGCCAUCCUACUGGUAAUCGGCUUCCUCGGGUGCUGCGGCGCCCAGAAGGAGAGCAAGUGUCUCCUGAUGAUGUUCUUCUCGGUGGUGCUGAUCAUCUUCAUUGCUGAAGUUGCUGCUGCCGUGGUGGCUCUGGUCUACACAGGUCUUGCAGAGACACUGCUGACGGCUGUGGUCACCCCUCUCCUGAAGGAGAAGUAUGGGAUGGAUGAUGAUUUCUCACAUAUCUGGAACAUCACCAUGAAUGAGGUCCAUUGCUGUGGCCUGAAUAACUACACAGACUUCACGGACUCCCCCUGGUACAAGGAAGAGGGAACCUACCCGGGGCCCUGCUGUGAGGACCUGAAGCCCUGCAACGCCACGGUCGCUGCAGAAAGCAAUGUCCCGGGUUGUUUUGAUCAGAUCUUGAAAGAAAUCAAGACUAACGCAGGUGUGGUGGGUGGUGUGGCAGCCGGUAUCGCUGCCUUGGAGAUCGCAGCCAUGGCAGUUUCCAUGUACCUGUACUGUCAGCUGGAUCAGAAAUGA